AUGUGGGAAGAAUGGGAUGACGAAUGUUUUGUAAGAAAUUUUUUUAAUUGGAAUAUAUUUUCUAAAUAUUUUAAAGAUAAUGAAUUUCAAGAGCUCGAAGAGAAAAUAAAAGAGAAAUAUAGUAACAUAAAACUUGAUGAAUUACAUAAAAAAGAUGAUAAUGAAAAUAAUGAUAAUGUUUUGUUAAUAUUACAUUCAUUUAUUAAAGAAAAGAAGUAUGUAGAUGCUUCUGAUUUUUUAAUUAAUAUUAUAUUAAGAUGGAAUUAUUAUACUAGUUUAAAAAGUGAAAAAGAAUUAAAUCUUAAAGCAGUAAAGAAUAGAUUAAAAAUGAAUGUAGAUAUUUAUACUCUACCAGAUCUUUAUAAUAAUUUUGAAGAAUAUUUUUAUUCUUACUUUCCUUUAUUUUUAAUUGAAACACAACAACUAAUAAAUAAUAAAAAAGAAAAUGAAGAUAUUAUAGAAUAUGAUGUUAAUAUUAUUAAUGAUAUUAAAGAAACGUAUAACUAUGAAUUUUUUGUUAAUAUAUCUUAUGAUAGUAUAAUACAUGCAAACAUAUUUUUUGGGGACCUUGUUCUAUUAAAAUUCAUACCAAAAGAAACAGCCAAAAAUGAUACUCAAAAAAAAUACACACCAUUAUUUGAUUCUUCAAAAAAAAAAUCAGACGUAUCAUCAAAUUAUUCGUGUAGUAAUCAAAACGACAAAAUAUCGACUGACUCUUCGUCUGUGUGUACAGAUCUUGAGGAUCAAAAAAAUGAUGAUACAUGUGGCCAUACAAAUGAUCAUACGAAUGUUCAUACGAAUGUUCAUACGAAUGUUCAUACGAAUGUUAAUACAUAUGAUGAUACAUGUGGCCAUACAAAUGAUGAUACAUGUGACCAUACAAAUGUUCAUACAUAUGAUCAUACAUAUGAUCAUACAAAUUUAGAACAUUCUUGUAAAAGUAAGCAAAAUUCCGAACAUGUUCAUCCAAAUCAUGAAACACAUUAUGAUAACAAUAAUAAUGCCACCAUUAAUAAUAAAAAGAACUCUCCUCUUUUGUUAUCACGUGACAAAAUAGACGAAGUAACACAAUUUAAUUCUGAUAAGAAAGACGAUUUAAAGGACAGGUUAAAAAAUACAAAAGAAUCAAUUGAUUGUAAAAAUGGUGUAGCCAAAAAUCAUAAAGAAAUAAGUGACGAAAAUAAUGAUGAUAUAUAUAUGGUUAGAAAAUAUUGUGUACGUCAUUUAUUAGGUUAUGUAGUGGCGAAAAGCCGAGAAAAUAUUAAAAUAAAAUUUAAUUUAAAUUAUCCAAAUUUUGAUAUUAUUGACAAAGUUCGAAAAGAAAUAAUAUAUGAAAUAUUUAAUAAUGAAAUGACAAUGCAUAAUUAUUUUAUUCGUAUAUCAAAGUUGACCAGUUUAAUUUCGACACUUCGCUUAUUUAAUUGUUUAUUUAAUUUUAGAAACUCGUGUAUAUUAAAUGAAAUUGUAGAGGUUAAUACAAAUGAUGAUGAGGUCAACGUGCAUGAUGUAGUUAUACAAAAUGAGCAACCUAUGAAGAAACGUAAGAGGGGUGAAGGCCCUCAAGCUAAUUCUGAAAAAGGUGAAUUAAUGAAAGGGUGUAAAGAUAAUAAUAAAGAGAAAGAAAAGGACGAAGAAACAGAUUUACAAGAUGUAAAAGAUGAAGAAAUAACACAAAAUAGAAAUAUACAUAUGAGUGAUAUAAAUUUAGUAAAUAUGAAUCAAGAAGAAUUACAUAAUAUUCAAUUAAGUGACAAUAUAACUGAAGAAUAUUUAAAAGAAAAAAUUAAAAAUUAUUUAAAAAGUUAUAUGUGUGAUGAUUUUAAAAAUAAGGAUAUGAUGAACAAAAUGUCGAAUGAAAGAAAUAUGACAAGAGCAUUAAAUAAUAUAUGUAAUUAUGACGAACAUAAUCAUAUUGAUAACAAAAAAAAAAAAAAAAACGUGUCAUCUAUUCAUAGUAACAAUAAUAAAAAUGAAAUGAUACAGCAAAAUGAUUAUAUGCUUGAACCUUUAGAUGAAUAUUAUAAAGGUCUGGAAUAUAUUCCAGAAUUAUUAAGAAACCGUUUUUUUAGUAUGUAUAAUAAAUACCAAUUACGUGCCAUUAAUAAUAGUAUAUUGAAUGAUGGGAUAACAUUAAUUCAAGGACCACCAGGUACAGGAAAGACGACGACUAUUUUAGGAAUUAUAAGUGCACUAAUAUUUUAUGAGAAGGAUCAGAAUGUACAAGCUGAUAUUAUACAAAAGGACAAGAGUUUGGAAACAAGAAAAUCUAUGAUAGAUGAGCAUCCGUAUGUACCUUUUAAUGUGUCUAUAAAAAAAGAGAAAAAAAGUCCUUAUGUAUGGUUAAAUUAUGAUAAGAAUGAUGAUUACUGUUAUAUGAAUGACAAUUGUUUCGAUGCUAUGGAAUAUGAAGACUUUCAUCAUAUUGAAGAGAAUCAAGAAGAAGAAGGUAAACAUAUUUUUCAUAUAAAUAAAAGUAAUUUAAAUGAAAAGAAUGAUGCAUAUGCUAUACAUUUAAGUAUUAUGAAUGCAUCAAAUAGAACGUUAAAGGUUGAUGAAAGUGUAGAUGUAAAUCAUACAAAUGAUGAAAAUAAUGAUGUAUAUAAGAAUAACGAAAAUAGAAUAAGAAAUCUGAUAUCCUUAACGGAGUCUUAUUAUUAUUCAUAUGUAAAUAAUGAUAAUAUGUUGAAAAAGAAUUUGGGUGGUAUAGAAGAAAAUAAGAAUGAAAAAAGUAAUUAUUCGUAUUAUGUAAGUGAAAGUAAAGAAAUUGUUAAAAAUGAUUGCGAUGGUGAUGGUGAUAAUUAUAAUGAUGAUGGUGAUCAUCAUGAUGAUAAUGAUGAUAAUGAUGAAGAACCAAAUGAUCAUAUUUUUAAACAAAAUAAUGACAAUUUGAAUUUUAAAUUUCAUGGAUUAAAAUUAGAAGACAGGGAAGAAAAAAAUAUGUUGCAAAAUAUGUCGAAAAAUAUGUCGCAAAAUAUGUCAAAAAAUAUAUCAAAAAAUAUAACGAAAAAACAAAAAAAAUGUAAUCAAUUAAAUCUUAUAAAAAAUAAAAAAAUUUUGGUAUGUGCUCCAUCCAAUGCAGCCAUCGAUGAGAUAUUAAGAAGGUUAAUAUCAAGUGAUUUAGGUAUAUUAGAUGAAAAUGGCAAUUUAUUUAAUCCUAUAGUUACUAGAAUAGGAGGUAAUGUUAGUACAGAUCUUUUAGAAUUUAGUUUAGAAUUCAAAGAACAAUUAUAUUUUUAUUUAAAUAAAAAAGAUGAAAAUAAGAUGAUAAAAAGUAAUCUUUUAAAAACGUCAACUAUAAUAUGUUCUACUUUAUCAUCAAGUUCAAAUACAUCAUUAAUUAAUAAUAUAAAAAAAUUUGAUGCAAUAAUAAUAGAUGAAUCAUCUCAAUCAGUCGAAAUAGAUAUAUUGAUUCCAUUAUCUUUUGCAUGCAACAAAAUUAUUUUAGUAGGGGACCCAAAACAAUUAUCAGCAACAGUAUUUUCUUUAUAUGCUAAGAAACAUAAAUAUGCAAGAUCCUUAUUUGAAAGACUACAAAAAAAAUAUUUAACAAAUGAAAGAAAAUAUAAUUUGUUAUCUAUUCAGUAUAGGAUGCAUCCAGAAAUCUCUGCAUUUCCUAAAAAGUGUUAUUAUAAAAAUAAAAUUAGGGAUGCUCCUCAUUUUUUGUUUACUGUGCUAAAGGAGUUGGAGAUAAGUAAGUACAUAAAAAGAAAAAAAAAUACAAAAAGUAUAACAAAUAUAACAAAUAUAAAAAAUAUAACAAAUAUAACAAAUAUAAAAAGGGAUGACGAAAAUGAAUCUAAUGAUGAGGUACAAAAUAAGUAUCUAGAACAUCUUUUAUGCAAUUUUAAUUUAGUUGAAUUUAUAAAAAAACAUAUGGGAAUAACUUCCACCUCUUUAAAUAAUAUAAUGUUAUGCCAGGAGAACCAGGGUUUACUUGAUUGGUUCUGUAUUCCCUUAUUACAACAUAGUGUAUUUUAUGAUAUAUCAUUUUCUAAACAAAAGAAAAUAAAAAAUUCUUAUAUUAACGUUGAAGAGAGUGAAGUGGUUAUACAUUUUAUAGAAUUUUUACAUUAUAUAUUUAUGUCCGAAAAUAUGACACAGUGGUAUAAACGUAUAGGUAUUAUAACACCUUACGCAACGGAGAAAUUUUUUUUAAAGAAGAUAUUAAAGCGGUUUUUUAUAAGCAAGGGUUAUAGUAAGAAUAUAUCGAAUUUUAUUGAUGUGGGAACAGUGGAUGGGUUCCAAGGGACUGAAAAGGACAUGAUUAUAUUUGUGUGUGUAAGAACAAAAGGGAAUCUCAAACGAAAAAAGAAAAAAGAAAAGAAUAAUAAAAAUAUUAGUAAAAAUGUAAAUGAAGAUAUUACAACAUAUUUCGAAGAAAAAAAUAUUUUAGAAAAAGAAAAUCAAAAUAAUGAGCUCGUUACAAAUACAAAUGACGAAUUAAUUUUGUUAUCAUCUUCUUCCGAAAAUGGUAAUGAUGAAGAAAUUGAUUCUUCGAAUUUAUUUUUUUCAAAUUAUAAAAGAUUAAAUGUAGCAUUGACCCGAGCUCGUUUCAAUUUGUUUAUUUUUGGUAAUUGUAAAUUUUUGAAACAUUGUGAUGAAUGGGAUAAAAUUAUUGAGCAUUACAAAAUGAACAAUAAAAUAAUAAAAAUAAAGCGUAAAAAGUUUUAUAAAAAGAUAAAUAAUAAUAAUAAUAAUAUAUUGAAUCAUAUGAAUGAAGAAGAGUUAUUUGAUAAUAAUGUUGAAGUAAUUAAUAAAAAAAUAGAAAAUUCAUUUUAUAAUAAAAAUAUUAUUGAUUAUAAUUUUGAACCUAUUUAUGAAAAGAACAAUUCCUCAUUUGAUUUCUCAAAGUACAUGGAUAUGUCCGGAGAGGAAUUAUAUGAAAUUCAAAAAAAUAAAAUAAAUAACAAGGAUAAUAAAGAAAAUAUCAUUGACCACAAAAUUGAAGAUAACAAUAUGGAUAUUAUAAAUUUCUUUAAAGAAUUGUAUAUGGACGAUACAAGUGAAUCUUUGAUGGAAUAUGAUAAGAACAAGGAUACAUACGAUAUGUGUAUUAAUAAGGGGCAACAAGUAAAUAAUAAUAAUUUAUUUCAAGAUCAUCAUAAUGUGUUAAAUGAAAUGAAAGAUAAUAAUAUAAACGAAGAUAAUAUUGGUAAUAUAGAAAAAGGAAAUGUUCUUACAGAAAAGAUAAAUAAUAAUGAAAAUAAUAAAUAUGAUGAAGAAAACAAUAAAGGUAUAUCUUUAAAUAAUGAACAUUUUGAAAAUGAUACAAAUGAUGUAUUAAAUAGUGAUGAUAUGAACACGAAACAACAAAAAAAAGAGGACAAUGAAGAAUCAUAUGAAAAAUCAAAAAUUAAUUCAUUAUCAAAUAAAAAUAACAAUAUAUAUUAUUUAAAGGAUAAUAAUUAUUUUAUAGACACAUUGUUUAAUUAUUGUAAAUCAAAUAAAGAUUUACAUUUUGCAGUUCAGACAAUAUUACCAAAUUUUUCUAAAAGGUUUUUAUCGAACUCUUUGGAUUAG